AAAUGGUCUGUGACAGAGACAGUGGGACAGGGUGGCCGAUUGACACAUCAGAGGUUCCCUUCCCAGGCCCGGCCCAGGCUUUCACCAUGCCCACCUACUCCCCUGAAUCGAUUUUAGAAUACUUUGAGUACGAUGAGUCUGCUGAAGCCUGUGAUUUGGGGGACAUCGUGGCCAUUGGGACUGUCUUCCUGUCCAUACUCUACUCCCUUGUCUUUGCCUUUGGGCUGCUGGGAAAUUUGCUGGUGGUGUUUGCCCUCACCAACAGCCAGAAGCCCAAGAGUAUCACCGACAUUUACCUCCUGAACCUGGCUUUAUCUGAUCUGCUCUUUGUGGCCACCUUACCCUUCUGGACUCACUACCUGAUGAGUGAACAAGGCUUUCACAAUGCUGUGUGCAAACUCACCACAGCAUUCUUCUUCAUUGGCUUUUUUGGAGGUAUAUUCUUCAUCACUGUGAUCAGCAUUGAUAGGUACCUGGCCAUUGUCCUGGCAGCCAACUCUAUGAACAACCGGACUGUGCAGCAUGGUGUCACCAUCAGCCUCGGUGUCUGGGCAGCAGCAAUCUUGGUGGCAACGCCUCAGUUCAUGUUCACGAAACAAAAAGCAAAUGAAUGCCUUGGUGACUACCCUGAGGUCCUGCAGGAACUCUGGCCUGUGCUCCGCAAUGUGGAAGCAAAUUUGCUUGGCUUCCUGCUCCCCCUGCUCAUUAUGAGUUACUGUUACUUCAGAAUCAUGCGGACACUGUUUUCCUGUAAGAACCACAAGAAAGCCAAAGCCAUCAAACUGAUAUUUCUGGUGGUCAUCGUGUUUUUCCUCUUCUGGACACCCUACAACAUCAUGAUUUUCUUAGAGACACUUAAUCUCUAUGACUUCUUUCCCAAUUGUGACAUGAAGAGGGAUCUAAGGUUGGCCCUCAGUGUGACUGAGACAAUUGCAUUUACCCACUGUUGCCUCAAUCCCUUUAUCUAUGCAUUUGCUGGAGAGAAGUUCAGGAGAUAUCUUUACCACUUGUAUAGGAAAUGUCUGGCUGUCCUGUGUGGGCAUCCUGUCCAUGUCAGUUUCUCCCGGACUGAAUCACAAACAAGCAGGCGGGAAAGCAUACUAAGCAGCAAUUUUACUCACCACACCAGUGAUGGAGAUGGGUCCAUCCUUCUCUGAAGAGAUACCAAAGCCUUGUCC